AUGGUUAGUCUAUUGAUGAUAGUUGCAAUUUUAGGUGUAGGUAUUGUUUUUGCUGCUACGACAAAAAUUGUACAUGAUAAAUCUGUAGCACAAACACGAAAAAUUACUGAUCUUGAAGAGGAAAUUUCAGUUCUAAAAAAUAAGCGCACAACAUCAAACACAACAUUUACACGUUCUCUACCUUCGGGUGAAACAACCAUUUUAACACAAAAAACAGCAAAUUCACUUCGAAAAAAAGAUACAGACGUACAAAUAUUAUAUAAAACAAAAUUAGCAGAAGUUUUAAAUCAGAUGAACAAUACAGAUAUUACCGAAGACACAAGAAAGGCAAAUAUUCGUGAUAUAUUAGCCAAUCAAGAUUUAACCUUAACACAAGAAAUGGAAAAUUUACGAAAUGAAAACAAUGAUACGGCAAAUACAGAUUUAACUACUGAAAAAGCAAAAUCAGCAGAUCUUCAACAAAAAUUAGACACGGCAUUGAGUACUGCAAAUACAGAUUUAACUACUGAAAAAGCAAAAUCAGCAGAUCUUCAACAAAAAUUAAAUACUGCAAAUACAGAUUUAACUACUGAAAAAGCAAAAUCAGCAGAUCUUCAACAAAAAUUAGACACGGCAUUGGGUACUGCGGGUACUGCAAAUACAGAUUUAACUACUGAAAAAGCAAAAUCAGCAGACCUUCAACAAAAAUUAGAUACGGCAAAUACAGAUUUAACUACGGAAAAGGCAAAAUCAACUGAUCUUCAACAAAAAUUAGAUACAGCAAAUACAGAUUUAACGACUGAAAAGGCAAAAUCAACUGAUCUUCAACAAAAAUUAGAUACAGCAAAUACAGAUUUAACGACUGAAAAGGCAAAAUCAACUGAUCUUCAACAAAAAAUAGAUAUGGCAAAUACAGAUUUAACUACUGAAAAAGCAAAAUCAUCUCAAUUGCAAAGUGAUAAAGAUACAUUAAAUACAACACUAUCUUCCAAAGAGCAACUAAUAAAAAUGGACAGAGACAAUAAUAAAAAAUACGAUGCACCAGCUUGCCUGGAAGUAAUAAAUGCAAUGAACAUAAAAGAUGGUGAAGAAAUUAGUUUUGAAGAAUUAACAAAUGCAUUAAAAUCAAAUUAUAAUGACGCUAAAAAUUAUUACUUCCCAAAUACGGUUGCAUUUACAUGGAUAUUACCAAAACACAGUGAUACUAGUUUGACGACAUCAAUAAACAAAUUCAAAACAAAUAAUCCAAAUAUUGCCAAGAGAACUAAUAUAUACCCAUUGUCAUAUAAAGAUCGAAGUAUAAUAUUAUUAACAUCGAACACAGUAACACCAACACAAAACACAGUCGGUCAAAAAAUUGUCGUUACAAUUGGACCAGAAACAUUGGUUUACGAUAAUUCAAUAAAUGAAUAUGCUAUGGAAAAUUCACUUGGUUUUAUAAAUGAUCUCAAAUAUGAAAAUAAUGAUCAAACUAAGGUAUUGAAAGUAUUUGAUGAUGUUACAAUAUAUCAAGAUUCAACAAACAUUGCUACAAUAUCAAAAUCAAAUAGCGACGAUACGAGCACUAUUUUCGAUGAUGAUGAUGAUGCGUUGAAUAAUUCACAACAUAAUGAUAUUUUUUUGCCUGAACGUUCUGUUUUAUUACAGGAAAAAUUUCAAGAUAAAAUAAAUUGUGAAACGAGAUGA